ACUCUCUCACCACAAAAUCAACCCAACUCACUACCCCCUCGUAGGACUCACUCACAUCACACACUUGCCAGGCCACAGCCCGCCAUGUCUUCCACGUUAGGCCUCGUCGACGCCGUCAACACCAUAUCCACGUUCCUCGCGCACCAGCAAGUCCGCACGACCAACGACCUUACCACCAUCCUCGGACCGCCGCCAUCGGACCCCAUCACCAGCAGCAGCAGCAGCAGCCCAGGCGACGAUGCGAAUGAGUCGCCCCCAGUGCACGUCAUCGUCCUGUGCGCCUCAUCCGUCAUUGCGACCACGGAGCAUGCGAUCCGAGCGCUUUCAGAGUACGAGGAGACGCUGGCGGGAGCGACCACAGCGGCAACAAAACCAUCAACAAUUGGGGACAAACCAUCCUCGUCGGCAGCGGCUCGUCCUCCACGACUCAUACUCGUCCUCUGCGGCGGCAUCGGCCACUCCACGGCGCUCAUGCACCGCGCCCUCGCUCGCCACCCGCGGUACAGCGCCUUGGCGGACUCGCUGCAUGGCCAGCCCGAGGCGCGGAUGCUCGACGCGGUGAGACGACAGAUGCUGCCAGCACGCGAGGACCGUCACCACGCACAAGACAUGUCCGCGGGUGAGUCCCCAAGGACACCUACUGCUGCUGCUGCCACCGCAGAAUUAGAUAGGGAUACAGACACGACAAUCACUACCGACAAAGAGCGACUUUCACGGCCGCCUUUGCGGCACUUCGAAGUCCUCCUCGAAGACAAGUCCACCAACUGCGGCUCCAACGCCGUCGAGACGAAGAAGCUCCUCGCCGCGCACGGCGUGGCCUGUCCGCGGACUGUCGUCGUCGCGCAGGACCCUACCAUGUGCAGACGCACGGUUGCGUCCUUUGCCAAGGUCUACGGCCCAGACGACGACGAAGAAGAAGAAGAGGGAAGCGGCUCUGCGACGCACGCUGUGCCAAGGCCGCGGAUCGUGGGGUGGCCGGCGUUUGUGCCCCGUGUGAGAGCCGCUGUCCCCGCAGAUUCACGGACACGCUCGCAAGCACCGCAAGGCAUGCAGCGAGACGGCAGCGACAUCAACGACGGUGACGGUGGUGGCGUCGCGGGACUAACGUACGAGGAGGCGCGUGAGCUAGGCCCCGACGCGCAACUGUGGCCGAUGGGUCGCUUCUUGGGCCUGGUGGCGGGCGAGGUGCCGCGCCUGAGAGACGAUGAGAACGGGUACGGGCCGAGGGGAAAGGGGUUCAUCGCCAGGGUGUGUGUGCCGGCUGAGGUGGAGCGGUCGUGGGAGGUGGUGCGGUCGUGUAUCGAGGAGGUGGAUGGAUUGCGAUGA